AUGAGCGGAGGUGGGAGGUUGUCUGAGUCUAAUCCAGAAUGUAUCGCUGUGCCUCUGGCUUUUACCCAAGUCCGCAUCUACUUCGAGCUUGGCGUCAGCUCUGUGGACCACCAAGCCGCGGCGCAAGUAACGUGUAGCACGAGCCACGGAGCGCUCAGGAGGACGGUCAACGACGUGAUCCAAAUCUGGCUCCAUAGGCUGCAGCUUGUAAGCUCUCUCGCAACAUUCUUCGCGUCGACAGACGCGCUGCUUUUCACGCUGUCGUCAUUCGCAGCACACACGGGGUCGUCCGAGGAGAGCUGGACAGUGCCGGAUCGGCUCACGACGGCGAGUCUCGCAGGCGCGCUCAUCUUCCACGUCGGGUCGGCGAUCGUGGCAUUCAUCGGCUCCUUUGUGUUGUGUCGAUACGAACUACUCGCUGCAGAGGCGGUGUCCACGCUGCCCAGGGUCGAAUACGCAAACCAUUCGGGGCGCCAAUUCUCCACGUGGGGCGAAUCGACGCUCAAAGAAUGCCCUCUCCAUCGCUCGCCAACACCGGGCGCGGGUGCACCCAGAGCGGAAGACGUAUUUGAGCGCGUCUGGAUCCGCUGUUUGCGCCUCACUGCGCCUCGCGUCGCCGCACCCGCGCAGCCUCCGCACGUAGAGACAGGCUCGUUGUCUGCACAUCCUGCCAUGUCCACGUCGGGGAGCUGUGUCGGUAGCUUGGACCUUCCCGUGCAGCGACUAUCUCGCUGUCUCGAUUUGUCGGUGAUUAUGGCGUGCCUGGGGUUCGUCCUCGCCCUGCUAGGUAUUCUUGCAUAUGCGUGGUCAGCAGUGCCCAUAAGCAUCAGUAUUUUUGCGUCUGCAUGUGUCGGGAGCUGCUUUCUGCUUGCCGCUGUCGCUCUGUGGUGA